AUGGUUCUAGGCUCCCGUCGUCUCGGCCUCGCCGUCGCAUCUCUGGUCCUGGUUAUCAGUGCCGGUGCCGCGUGUGACGAGCUCGGCGACGACAUUACCCAACAGAGACCCGUUGCUCUCGAGGCUGUCCUCGACAACAUCGGCCCGGAUGGCUCUCAGGUCCCCGGCACCGCAGCCGGCCUCGUCGUUGCCAGUCCCUCCAGGAAUGACCCUGACUACUUCUUUACCUGGUCGCGCGACGCGGCCUUGACCUUCAAGAUGAUCGUCGAGGAGUAUAUCCGCGACCCCUCCGGCCGCUCCCACCUCGAAGGCCACAUCCGCAACUAUAUCCGUUCUCAGGCCAUUCUUCAGACCGUCGCCAACCCCUCUGGCACCCUCCUCCCCUCCGGCCGUGGUCUCGGCGAGGUCAAGUAUCACGUUGAUGGUUCACGCUUCAACGGCGCCUGGGGUCGCCCCCAGCAUGACGGCCCUUCCCUCCGUGCGAUCGCCGUCAUCGGUUUCGCCAAGUGGCUCGCUGAACAAGGUCCCGAAGGCGAGGCCGAGGCACGCGAUGUCAUCUGGCCGGUCAUUGCCAAUGAUCUGAGCUACACGGGCCAGUACUGGAACACUACCGGCUUCGACCUCUGGGAGGAAGUCCACGGCGCCAGCUUCUUCACCGUUCAGUCCCAGUACCGUGCCCUCGUCGAGGGCGCCCAACUUGCUGACCGCCUCGGCGUCUCGUGCGGACCAGCCUGCGACGAGGCCCCCGAGGUCGCCUGUUUCCUCAACGCGGCCUUCUGGAAUGGCCAGUACUUCGUCUCCAACAUCCACAACUCCCACGCCCGCUCGGGCCGUGACGCAAACUCCAUGCUCGGCUCCAACGUCGUCUUCGACGUGAACGCCCCUUGCGACAGUCCGUCCAUCCAACCCUGCGCGUCCCGUGCGCUCGCAAGCUUCAAGCAGUGGGUGGACGGUUUCCGCGACGGCAAUGCGUACCCCAUCAACUCCGGCAUCCCUCCAAACCGGGGCGUCGCCGUCGGCCGCUACACCGAAGACGUGUACUUGGGCGGCCACCCCUGGUAUCUGAUCACCUAUGGUGCCGCCGAGUUCCUCUACAACGCCGUCGCCCAGUGGAAACGCCAGGGCUCUCUGACCAUCGACUCGACCUCGCGCGCCUUCUUCGCCGACCUCUACUCGAGAGCACCCGAGGGCACCUACCGCGCGGACGACUCCGUCUUCAGCCUCGUGGUCGACGCCGUCACCGCCUACGCCGACUCGUUCGUCGAAGUCGCCCGCCGCUACACCCCCGAAGACGGCGCUCUCGCCGAGCAGUUCGACCGUCGCCCCCCCUUCCAGCCGGUCGGCGCCCGCGACCUGACCUGGUCGUACGCCGCGCUGAUCACCAUGGCCGCGAGCCGAGCGGGCGAGUACGCCGCCAGCUGGGUCCCCGCAGACGAGUCCGCCCCGUCCGCCCCCUGCCCCCGCCCGGAGCCGCCGCACGGGACCUACUUCCCCGCCAUCGCCGCCGGCGCGCCCAACAACACCGAUAGCCUGUGCGCCGUGCCGGUGGAGUUCCGCGUCUUGGCCCGCACCUACUACGGCGAGGACAUCUACGUCUUCGGCAGCGCGUCGAGCCUGGGCGACUGGGACAUCAACAACGCCCAGCCCCUGUCCACGAACGAGUACUCCGACAGCCACCCGCUGUGGAACGCCGUGGUGGACGUGGAUGCGCCGGGCGAGAGGCUCGCGUACAAGUACGUGCGGCGCCAGAACUGCAACCAGGGCUACGUGUACGAGUGGGUGGACCGGUACCUCGACCUGCCUCCUUGCGGCACGACUGAUGUUUUGGUGGUGAAUGAGCAAUGGAACGGACCCACGGGUCAACCUGGAAACUGCUAA